CUCCCCCUCUAUCUCAUCACUCCUCCUCCCAUUCCGUCAAUCUCAGUCAACCAGGUCACGUGCUUAACGGAACUUCCUGUUGGUGUCUAACAUGGCGAAAAAUGUCGAAAACGACCUGAGUUUCCUUCAAAUAAUUUAUGAAAUAAUUCGAAGUAUUGAAAAAGACUCCCACGAUGUGCACCAGAAAGUGACAGACUUGAAGAACCGGCUUCAACGGGGUCGCGAGAUUGUGGACAAAAUGCCGGGCAUCCAGCACACACGGGAGGAGCAGAUGAAACACAUCGAGGUGCUUCGUAAACAGCUCAUCACCAAAUGCGACUUGAUAAAGAAAUACAAGAACUUCCACACUUUCAACUUGUCUCGGUAA